UGUCAUAGAAUUCUCAAAAAUUCCUAACUGCUUCUCUCUCUCUCUUUUGCUCUUAUUCUUUCUCUCUCACUCUCUCUCUUUUCCCACCCUUAAGCCAAGUACAGGGAUAGCUGUCUCAUUAUUGGUGGCUUAAAAUGAUGUUUUUGAACAAGAAGACGCUGGAUACUUUUGGUGACUAGCACUAUCUCUGUUUUUUUCCUUUUAAAUUCCUGAGCUAUUGUUUAGCAGUAUGCCCUUUUAUCUCCAUUGCUACUGAAGCUGAAUGUUACUUGAGUGGAAAGCAUAACUGCUUUCUUUUCUAUGUCCUUAAACCCUUUGAUAAUGUUACUGUUUGAGAGUCCCUAAAGCCAGGGUUCUAGGAGACUCUGGCAUGUCUGAACAGCUGAACUAGAAAAUAAUGGAGUAGGGCAGGCUUUACCAAGCCAAUUCACUCAAGUUGUCUCAUCUAUACCCCUUCAAACCCUGUGAGGACGGGCCUUCCAGCCUCUAGGUGCUGUGCUGUCCUGAGGCCUGGGCCAUGGUGCCCAAGGAAAGCCCCUGAAGCUCACCAGGAGGAAGAAGCAUGCAGGGCACCCCUGGAGGAGGGACGUGCCCUGGGCCAUCCCCUGUGGACAGGCGGACACUCCUGGUCUUCAGCUUUAUCCUGGCAGCAGCUUUGGGCCAAAUGAAUUUCACAGGGCACCAGGUUCUUCGAGUCCUGGCCAAAGAUGAGAAGCAGCUUUCACUUCUCAGGGAUAUGGAGGGCCUGAAGCCCCAGAAGGUGGACUUCUGGCGUGGCCCAGCCAGGCCCAGCCUCCCCGUGGAUAUGAGAGUUCCUUUCUCCGAACUGAACGACAUCAAAGCUUAUCUGGAGUCCCGUGGCCUUGCUUACAGCAUCAUGAUAAAGGACAUCCAGGUGCUGCUUGAUGAGGAAAGAGAGGCCAUGGCGAAAUCCCGCCGGCUGGAGCGCAGUACCAGCAGCUUCAGUUACUCCUCAUACCACACGCUGGAGGAGAUAUAUAGCUGGAUUGACAACUUUGUAACGGAGCAUUCCGAUAUUGUCUCAAAAAUUCAGAUUGGCAACAGUUUUGAAAACCGGUCAAUUCUUGUCCUGAAGUUCAGCACUGGAGGUUCUUGGCACCCAGCCAUCUGGAUUGACACUGGAAUUCACUCCCGGGAGUGGAUCACCCACGCCACCGGCAUCUGGACUGCCAAUAAGAUUGUCAGUGAUUAUGGCAAAGACCGUGUCCUGACAGACAUACUGAAUGCCAUGGACAUCUUCAUAGAGCUCGUCACAAACCCUGAUGGGUUUGCUUUUACCCACAGCAUGAACCGCUUAUGGCGGAAGAACAAGUCCAUCAGACCUGGAAUCUUCUGCAUUGGCGUGGAUCUCAACAGGAAUUGGAAGUCAGGCUUUGGAGGAAAUGGUUCUAACAGCAACCCCUGCUCAGAGACUUAUCACGGGCCCUCCCCUCAGUCGGAGCCGGAGGUGGCUGCCAUAGUGAACUUCAUCACAGCCCAUGGCAACUUCAAGGCUCUGAUCUCCAUCCACAGCUACUCUCAGAUGCUCAUGUACCCUUAUGGCCGAUCACUGGAGCCCGUUUCAAAUCAGAGGGAGUUGUACGAUCUUGCCAAGGAUGCGGUGGAGGCCUUGUAUAAGGUCCAUGGGAUCGAGUACAUUUUUGGCAGCAUCAGCACCACCCUCUAUGUGGCCAGUGGGAUCACCGUCGACUGGGCCUAUGACAGUGGCAUCAAGUAUGCCUUCAGCUUUGAGCUCCGGGAUAUUGGGCACUAUGGCUUCCUGCUGCCGGCCACACAGAUCAUCCCCACGGCCCAGGAGACAUGGAUGGCGCUUCGGACCAUCAUGGAGCACACCCUGAAUCACCCUUACUAGCAGCACGACUGAGGGCGGGGCAGGAGGCUCCAUCCUUCUCCCCAAGGUCUGCGGCUCCUCCUGAAACACAUUAUGCAUCCCCAUCCCCAUGCCCUCAUCCCGACCUCUUAGAAAAUAAAUACAAGUUUGAACAGGC